CAGCGUUGCAUCCUGGGAAAAAGGUUUCGCCCAUAGCAACCUAUGAUAGCAACAGCAAAGAUACUCAUACUGAUCGAAAAGGGGUUAUUCAAUGUGAUUUCUUUAUCGUUUCUGAAAUGGAGAAAUUGCAGGCGGAGGAUGCACGAUAUUUGAAAAGGAAAAUUAAGGGUGGCAGUUUGGACGUGCAUCCUACUGAGGAAGCCCUUGUUGUUCAGUAUGAAAUGGAAGCCGCUAUUCUUGGAGAAACGGGGGACACCAUGAUCGGGGAAAGAAAAGAAUGUCAGAAAAUCAUCCGCCUCAAAAGCUUGAACGUCAACACAGACAUAGCUUCUCUCGCUUGCAAGGUUGUGGAAGAAUGCAGUCUCAUUCAACCGUCCAAGCUACCAGAGGUGGAGCAACUCCUGUUCUACCUGCAGAACCGCAAGAAAACGGACAAACGAGAGAAACGACUUUCAUCAAAACACAUCAGUCCGUUUGAGGGCAUGGAGCUGGACGAGGAGGCCAACAUCAACAGCGUCGAUGAGUACGUGGAGCUCUUGUACGAAGACGUCCCCGAGAAGAUACGAGGGGCCACUCUCAUCCUCCACCUGGCUCGCAACGCCGACAACCUGGAAGAGCUCCUGCAGAAUGAGACGGCCCUGGGAGCCCUGGCCAGAGUGCUGAGGGAGGACUGGAAGCAGAGUGUGGACCUGGCAACCACCAUCAUCUACAUCUUCUUCUGCUUCUCCAGCUUCUCCCAGUUCCACGGCCUGAUCACCCACUACAAGAUCGGAGCGCUGUGCAUGAACAUCGUGGAGCACGAACUGAAGAGGUACGACCUCUGGCAGGAGGAGCUGCAGAAGAAGAAGAAGGCCUGUGACGAAGACCCCGAAAACCAGAACCUGAAGAAGGAUCACGAGAAAGCCUUCAAGAAGUACCAGGGUCUCCUUGCCAAGCAAGAACAGCUUCUACGAGUGGCCUUGUUCCUGCUGCUGAACCUGGCGGAGGACACUCGCACGGAGCUGAAGAUGAGGAACAAGAACAUCGUCCACCUGCUGGUGAAGACGCUGGAUCGGGAGGAUGAGGAGUUGCUGGUGCUGGUGGUGUCCUUCCUGAAGAAGCUCAGCAUCUUCCUGGAGAACAAGAACGACAUGGCGGACACCUGCGCCGUGGAGAAGCUGUCCAGGUUUGUUCCCAGCAAGCACGAGGAGCUCGAGUGCACCACCCUUCGUCUCCUCCUCAACCUCUCCUUCGACACCGGCCUCCGAGGCCAGAUGGUCGAGGCCGGACUCAUCCCCAAGCUGUCCGCGCUGCUCGCUGACGAGGCCCAGAGGUCGCUGAGCAUGGGCAUCCUGUACCACAUCAGCGUGGACGACAGAUUCAAGUCCAUGUUUGCCUACACAGACUGCAUACCGCAGCUCAUGAAGAUGCUGUUUGAGGGAGCCGAGAGCCCGAUGAACGCUGAGCUCAUCUCUGUCUGCAUCAACCUGGCCGCUAACAAGAGGAACACCCACGUCAUCUGUGAAGGUAACGGCCUGAAGAUGCUGAUGAAGCGAGCUCUGAAGAUGAAGGACGUUCUGAUGAUGAAGAUGAUCAGGAACCUGUCUCAGCACGACGGAGCCACCAAGGGCCUGUUCAUCGACUACGUGGGAGAUCUGGCAGCCCAGAUCAGCGAGGAGGAAGAGGAGGAGUUUGUGAUCGAGUGUUUGGGGACGCUGGCUAACCUGACCAUCCCUGACCUGGACUGGGAGCUGGUGCUCAAGGAGUAUAACCUGGUGCCUUUCCUCAAGGAACGCCUCAAACCGGGUUCAGCAGAAGAUGACCUCAUCCUAGAGGUUGUGAUCCUGAUUGGGACGGUCUCCAUGGACGACUCGUGUGCCGCCAUGUUGGCUAUGUCUGGCAUCAUCCCUGCUCUCAUUGACCUGCUCACGGCCAAACAGGAGGAUGAUGAGUUUGUGUGCCAGAUCAUCUACGUGUUCUACCAGAUGGUGUUCCACCAGGCCACCAGAGACGUCAUCAUCAAGGACGACCAAGCCCCUAAAUGCCUCAUUGAGCUGAUGCACGACAAGAACGCGGAGGUCCGCAAGGUCUGUGACAACACUCUGGACAUCAUCGCUGAGUACGACGAGGAGUGGGGGAAGAAGAUACAGAUUGAGAAGUUCCACUUGCACAACUCCCAGUGGCUGAAUAUGGUGGAGAACCGUCAGAUGGACGAGGGGGAACCCUUCAUGUACGGAGAGGACGAAGAACCUUACCUGGGAAACGGAGACAUGGAGGCACCCGAUCUCUUCUACCAGGGAGAUGGAAUCAUUUCCGGAGACGGAUCCAUGAGUCCAGACUUCUACAGAGACUACCAGAAUGGAGACAUGGGCCAGGACCAGUCUGGGUACAGUUCCAUCCCAGAGAGGUUCUCCCAGAUUUCAGGGAACUCAGGAGGACGCCCCGCCACGGCCUACGGCUUCCGCCCCGACGACGCCUUCUUCUACGACUACUCCGGCACGGUCACCCGGUAAAACCGGUAACCUCCCGGUAACACACACACACACCCAUCACUCUGAAGACGUCCCCUGUAUACUGUACCUACACCGUGUGUGUGUCGUCACAAAGGAAUAUCAACACUACUUGUAUGUUGGACUGUUCAUAGGGUUAGAGGCUAGUGAUAUCUCUCUACAUCUCCAUGUUCUCACUGUCUUAUUGAAACGAGCACAGAAUUAAACUGUGAGACAACAAAGUGAUGUUUUUGCUGCGUUUGUGGAGAACGUCCUCAACAUCUCAUCCUUUCGGAGGCUAGUUGCACUCAUUCAUUGCACAAAUGUGAUUGUUUGAAAUAGCUUUGAUCAGAAAACGCUGUGUUAAUCGAUGUCUUAAUGGUGAUUGCGUAUGUUAUGCAGGUGUACAGGCAAUCCUGCUUUCAGGUGAAUAUGUUCCAUCAUCUGAUGUGAUUUAGGAAGACCAGGGUUCAGGGUUAACUCUGUUUUUCUAGAAUGACAUUCAAGAAUGUUUCUUUUUUCCAGCAUCAGUCUACACUACAUCUCUAUGCUAACAUCCAGUACAUCUGUACUCUGAUAUACAGUAAAUAUAUCUACUUAUAUUGUUCAUCUGUUUACACUGAUAUAAUGAACCGGUUCAUUUGUCUAUGCUAACAUAUAGUACUGUAGGCUGCAUCUGUCUUUACUGAAUAUACAAUGCAAUUCUCUCUCUAACAUACAGCACAUUUGUCUGUACUUAUACAAGACAUGACUCUGUACUGUACUAUGUGUGUGGAGACUACCACUGAAGGUAUAUAUGUUACACAGUA